CUCAAGGUAAUGUACGGUUGCUUCUCCGUAGGCAUCCUCGCAAAAUCCUCUCUUUCUCACAGUAUCACCCAAAAAUCUCAGCUUUCCUUUUCAGUGUUGAUUUGGGCAGCUGUAGGAAUCGAGGGGAUAUCUCUUCUUCUUUUCAAUUCCGAAAGGUCAUUGUUAUCUUCCGAAAAAUCAACAUCAUAAUGACACAUUUACUUUCAACUUCUUGCACUGUUAACCUCUCCCCAGCCAUAAAAACCCAUUUUAGACCACAAAAUAAGAGCACUAGCAGCUGUUUUUCUUCAUUUUCAAGCCAUACAUCUCCAAUCUUCAAAUCAUUUAGGAGAAAACUUCAAGGAACAAAUACUAUUUUUGCUACAGCUGCUCCUAUAAACCAAGAGUUUGAACACGUUCCAAAAUCUCUAUCUUCAACAAAUUCAAAUGGUCCUAUAUCCAAACCCAAAAAGGUGAUGGUUAUCGGUGGCGAUGGAUUUUGUGGUUGGGCUACCGCUCUCCACCUUUCAAAUAAAAACUAUGAGGUUGCUAUAGUUGACAGCCUCGUUCGUCGUUUAUUCGAUCAACAGCUCGGCGUCGACUCACUUACACCAAUAUCUUCCAUACAAAACCGAAUUCGUCGAUGGAAAUCUCUUACCAGCAAAACUAUGAAACUAUACGUUGGAGACAUUUGCGACUUUGAGUUCCUCUCCGAAGCUUUCAAAUCCUUUGAGCCCGAUGCGGUCGUGCACUUUGGCGAGCAAAGGUCUGCGCCGUAUUCAAUGAUAGAUCGAUCGCGAGCCGUUUUCACUCAGCAAAAUAAUGUGAUUGGAACUCUAAAUGUUCUCUUUGCCAUUAAAGAGUUUGCUGAGGAAUGCCACCUUGUGAAACUUGGGACUAUGGGGGAAUAUGGAACUCCAAAUAUUGAUAUUGAAGAAGGCUAUUUAACAAUAACACACAAUGGAAGAAGUGAUACAUUGCCUUAUCCUAAACAAGCAAGCUCUUUUUAUCACUUGAGUAAAGUACAUGAUUCACAUAACAUAGCUUUUACAUGUAAGGCAUGGGGACUAAGAGCGACAGACUUAAAUCAAGGUGUGGUUUAUGGAGUAAGGACCGAUGAAACUGAGAUUCAUGAGGAGUUAUGCAACAGAUUUGACUAUGAUGGUGUGUUUGGGACGGCAUUGAAUAGGUUUUGUGUUCAGGCUGCAGUCGGGCACCCUCUCACGGUUUACGGCAAAGGGGGUCAAACCCGUGGCUAUUUAGAUAUAAGAGACACGGUUCAGUGUGUAGAACUCGCUAUUGCAAAUCCAUCCAAACCCGGCGAAUUCCGCGUUUUCAAUCAAUUCACAGAGCAGUUCUCCGUAAACGACCUCGCUCGCCUUGUGACCAAAGUUGGUGAAAAACUUGGCCUUGAAGUUCAGACAAUUUCUGUGCCGAACCCUCGAGUUGAAGCCGAAGAACACUACUACAAUGCGAAACACACAAAGCUUAUUGAGUUGGGACUUGAGCCGCACCUCCUCUCUGAUUCUCUUUUAGAUUCGCUGCUUAACUUUGCCAUCCAGUUCAAAGAUAGAGCAGAUCUUUCACAAAUCAUGCCAAAUAUUUCUUGGAGGAAGGUGGGAGUGAAGCAUGGAACAGCUGCAGUUCAGUUAUGAUGAGAGAGAGAUAGCUUUGCAGCUGUAAUAAAGUUGUGUGAUGUCAAUAUUAUAAAAGUUGACAUUUUGGCUAUUUUUGUAACUUAGUAUGUUCAUGUUUGGGAUAUUGUAAAUGAAGAGCAGCUAUUGAAAGUGCAGGGCUGGUGCUGCUGAUUUUAGCUAUAUAAACUUCA